GGCAGCGGCGGGCGCGCGAGGAGGAGCGAGCGGGCGGGCGCCGAGCGGCGCUGAGGAGCUGAGGCGAGGGCGGCCCGAGCCGCGGGAUAGGCGGGCGGGGCCGCUCCGCUCCGCCUCGUCCUCCAGCGAACGUCGCUUCUGAGAUCCCUUCCCGAGCUGCUGUCCCACCGGGCGUAAGCCGCCCCGCUUCUCCUCGACCCCCCCCUCCCCAGCUCCUCGCCUACCCGGGCCGUCUGUCUCCCUCCCGCCAUGGCCGUGUGCCGUCGCCUGGCCCGGCUGGCCGCCCGCCUGCAGGACCCGCGCGGGGUGGCCGCCUUCCAGCGGCUGUGCGGGGUGGAGGGCCCCGCGGGCUGGGCUGGGGGCCGGGAGCCGGUGGCGAACGGCGGGUCUCCCCCCGGCGGGCAGCGGCAUCCCGCGGGGAACGGGGCCGUGCCCGGAGGAGCCGCUCCCCAGCAGCGCUGGAGGAGGCCGCGCCGCAACUCCCUGACGGAGGAGGACGGCUGCCAGGAGUUCAACACCCGCAGCCGCUUCCUCUACUAUCUCUUCAGCCUGGGCACCGAGCUGGGCAACGAGCUCUUCUACAUCCUCUUCUUCCCCUUCUGUAUCUGGAACUUGGACGCUUGGCUGGGCCGCCGGCUGAUCAUCAUCUGGGUGUGGGUGAUGUACGUGGGGCAGUGCACCAAGGAUGUCAUCCGCUGGCCGCGGCCCGCCUCCCCGCCCGUGGUGAAGCUGGAGGUCUUCUACAACUCCGAGUACAGCAUGCCCUCCACCCACGCCAUGUCGGGCACCGCCAUCCCGCUGGCCCUGCUGCUGCUCAGCUACGGCCGCUGGCAGUAUCCCCUUAUGUUUGGACUGAUCCUUGCGUUCUGCUGGUGUUCUUUGGUUUGCUGCAGUAGAAUUUAUAUGGGAAUGCAUUCCAUUUUGGAUGUUAUUGCUGGAUUUCUGUAUGCUAUUCUCAUCCUAAUUGUCUUCCAUCCAGUUGUGGACCUGAUCGAUAACUUCAACUUAACUUACAAGUACGCGCCCCUCAUUAUCAUCAGUCUCCAUUUAGCCCUGGGCAUCUUCUCCUUUACUUUAGACACGUGGAGCACAUCGCGGGGAGACACAGCUCAGAUACUGGGCUGCGGUGCUGGAGUAGCCUGUGGUUCUCACGUUAACUACAUGAUGGGUGUGAAACUAGAUCCCCCUCUUGAUGCGCUGCCUUUAUCUCUUUCCUCCCUCACCGUGACCGUGUUUGGGAAAGCCAUAUUACGGUUGUUGAUUGGAGUCAUAAUUCUGUUACUAACAAAAAUAGCGAUGAAGAAAGCCACUAUUCCACUGGCAUGUAAAAUAUUUCGCAUACCACACGACGACGUACGGAAAGCAAGACAGCGCAUGGAAGUUGAGCUACCCUAUCGCUAUAUUACCUAUGGAAUGGUUGGGUUCUCCCUCAUGUCUAUUGUUCCUUGCGUCUUCCAUUUUGUUGGUCUUUCCUGAUGUAGAUCUAUCACUUAAAAUAGGAAGAACAGAGCUAGUUGCUUUUGGAAGAGGUGCACUAGUUUGCUAAGCGAAGGCCAGCGAGCUUGGCUUUUAGCAGGGUCUUUGCUUUCGCAGCAGUAUGUAACAGACAAAGCAUUUAAAAGACAUCGCACAUCUCUGGUGUGGUGUGGGGCCAGAAGUUGGAUACCUUGAGAAGUGCUGUCUAUAAAUGCUGUGUCUGGACUUACUGCUGUCACAAGGUGUUUGUGUGUGAUACAAUGAAUGUACCUGGAAUGUCUGUCAUACUGUAUCUGUAUAUGUUGACGUUUUAACAGGUAUGUCUGACAGCUAAUCAGAAAGCUGCAUUCAUGGGUUUUUUUUGCCAUUUCAUAGUAACUUAUUCAUGUUGCUGGACCGUACAGUGCUAAGUUGGUUUUCCUUGGUUAUCUCCCAAAGCUUAAGAUAUUUUGGCUAGUAGGCAUUUUUAAUGGACCAAACUUGUAAUACAGUUGAGCUUUUCUAAAAAAAAAAAAAAAGUGCCACCAAAUAGAAGCUUUUUUUCUUUAGCAUCCCCUGCGGAGUAAGUGAUCUGGAUUGGCACUGGUGGUAGAUAACACUAGAGCAUGUAUGAUUCAGGUACUGUAUCUUACGGUUUAAUAACUGUGCCUUUCUGUUGCUAAAAUAAGAAAUGCCAUGUGUACUGUGAUGUAAAAAGACUAACUUUGUUUAAAAUCAAAUAUAAUUAGGCAGGUGUUUUUAAAUGGUGACUGUCCAUGUUGCUGACGUGGUUCAGGUGAACUGGGAUAUUCACGGUUUAGCCUGUUUGAAUUGCAUGCAUGAAAUGAAGCAAGAAUUGUGUUCUUGACAUUAAGAGCUUGUAAAUGGACAGUAACCUAUUUGUAGGUAUUUUUAAUGUGUAUUGUAAGCUACUUGAAGAGGAUAUAUUUUUCUGGAGAUGGUUUUUACAAAGGAGAGAUGUUCAAACUUAUCUGAAAAUAUAACCAAUAAAAAUAGUCCAUUCUAGUGAGAAAGGGACGUCGCCAAGUAUUCCAAACUGAUUGGGAAGUACUGUGCUUUUUAGAUAUGUUUAGGAAAUAUCCUUAUUUUUGAAAAAAUUAAAUAUUUUAAUUCAUUAACAUACUGUGUUGAAAGGUGAUAAUGACUUUUACCCAACUUAGCUAUAAGAUAAUGUAAUGAUCAAACUGAAUGUGUUAAGCAUUCUGGCAGGUAGGUAUGAGCACUCAUUGGACACUGUGGUCAUUUCAUGAACGGUUUGUGCAUAUCUGGACUUUAUUGUUAUGCACUUGUGAGCUUUUCACGAUCCAUUUUACAGUGAUGAGCAGGAUGUGACCUUUGAAUUGAAAUUUUAUUUGGUUCUUUUGAGUUUCAUGUUGUCUGUUACUGUGUUACCCAUUGUGUUGUCUCCAUGUUAGGAACUGGUGUGUUGCAAGGAGCUGUCUUUCUGUCUGAUCAGAUGUGAGUUACUUAUGUAUCAUUAAGUUUCUUUCAGGAAAACCGUAACUUAGGGAAUCAUCUAGCUAGAAUACAAAGCUUACAUUUUCUUACGCAAUAUUUGGAAUCAGGAGGUUCUUUUUACUGGAGAUAUGAGCUCAGAACUGUUAAUAUGUAAAUGACAAACUUAGCUUUGUAUCUCUUUCCUCAGAGUAGUCCAAGAUACCAUGAACUGGCAAUAGAUGACACAAAAUUGGACUUUUCUGGUGUGCAUUCAGAAUGCACAGCUAUGAAUGUAUUCAAAGGAUUUGAUGGUGUUGAACUUCCUUUCCAGCUGAAAAGAUCAUAUCUUGUAGAAGAUGGUUAGCUAAUUUCAGUGCAUAUUUCUAUUUUGUUUGUCUUUUCUCCAUUGCAGUUUUAUGCUGAAUGUAUACAAAAGAUACAUUUGUUUGCAAGGUUUUCAGGGCUUUGAUUUCCUCUGGUUUGGCUUUGCACACUAAGGUAGUCACUGAGUAAAUAGCUGAGAGGAAUGUACACAAAAUGCCUUAUGUUUAAAAGCCCUCAACAAGUGUUUGUAGUUCCAAUUACUUUAAAGUAGGCUGAAGUCUGAUGACAAUAAUGGGAUGACUUUUCCUAAAAUUUAGGACAUAUUUUCAUUAAACGUCUUAACUUUACAUUUUAUAGUAAAGCAUAUUUAAAACUGUAGCAUAGAAAGAAUGUGAGAACAAAAACUAAUUUUUUAAGGUACGUGUUCUACUUCUAGGAACUUGAAGUUUACAAAAGAAGAAUGUUCUUAAAAUGUCUUCUGUGGCUGCGCUUGCUCUGUUGUACUGUUAAUGGAACCUGCUGUGGAAGAUCUAGAAUGAAUGGGGGGAAAAAUGCAGGUAGGGCUUUCACUAAGGACAAUUGCACUGUAGCUUAUUCUACCAUUAUUCAAAAUAUAUAUUUGAUAUUUUUCUACAUUACACUGGGCAACUUGAGAGAGUCGCGGUCCAUGUACCACGUUGUUGAGUCCGUAGGAAACGUGUCUAGGAAUGUUGCUUUAUACAGCACCUUUACUGCCCUGUCGCUAAGAGUGCAGCUGCUUUUCUGAAGUUUACAUGAAUAAACUUUUACUGCUCUAUUUUCAUGUUUUAUAGGGGGCUAGGCUCAAGAGGGCAAUUUAGCACAAAACAUCUUGUAGUAUGAAUUAGUAUUAAAAAGCAGAAGAAAGGAAAAAAGCCAACUUAAGUAUUUUCAUUUCAAUGUAUUUUUGGUUAAUAGUGAAUUAAGAUCCCUCCACUUAAUCGUAAUGAAACAGGUCAAACUAGAGCACUUUCUUUUCCCUAAACUAUUGCAAGAGUUGGAUGUGAAAAAAUGGUUCUAGUGUGAGCACCAGCUGGUACCAAAUUAUUUAUAAAUGGAUUUAACGUAGCUUUAAAAAGGUAGUGAAGUGUCUUUUCAGAAGGACAAUGUACUUCAUACGUCUCAUGGAGUGGAGCAAAACCAUUACUCACGUGUCACUUUAGCUCACUUCUUAAACUCUGAAUUAGGAAGUCUUGAGGAAAUAAAACUACAUUAUUGAAGCAGAUCCAGAUACGCAUUUUUUUUACAAAAAGGUAUGAGCUAAAUUGGGAUUAUUCGAUUACCACGUGAAAUGCAAAACUGCAGCUAACAGUAGUAUAGAGUGUGAUUUGGAACGCAAUUCUUUUUUUUUCUUUGAGACAGAAGAGACAGAAAUCAGUCUGACUCUGCCUUCUGCAUAAGAAAUUCAUUUUCCUGACCUGGCCCUCAAGUGGGGCUGACCCACAAUGCAAUGCAUAUGCAAGUUCUAGAAUCCUUUCUUAUGGAAAUAAAGUUUCUUGUUUACAAUAAAGCUCUUACUUGUGCUUCCCAUUCUGUGAACUGCAGUUGGAGCAUCUUUAUUCUGUGUGAUCACCCGUGAGGCUCUUCAGCAUCUGGUCACGUUGCCUUAUUACUUACCUUGCAAAUUUAAAUAAAAUUAAAACUAAUCAAGGUGAAUUGGCAAACCAAAGGGAGCUGUAUCUUCUUGACUGAGAAACUUUUUCCUUAAGCUUAGGUACAGCUUUUCUUCUGGAGGAAAAAUUGAAAAGAACAAAACAACCAACCUGAAACCAGAACGAUGUAUUUCUUUAUAAAUGGCGUCUUUGACGGUGAUGUGUGGCUUUGUUUGCUUUUUACCAGAACAGUGUUAAAUAGUCCAGAUUUUAGAAGCUGACGUGUUUCCCUCUGCUACUAGAUUUCAUUAUUGCUUUCGUUGCUUUUAUUUUUUUUACACAUUUGUUUGUUUCCCAAGGAGUGUCCUGAACUUCUUGUAAGCAAUUGCUGCUUAUGUGAGGAUUGUUUUGAACUUGUAAAUACUUAAGGGCUGUUAGCGGCUGUUUUAGCUGCUCAAAUACAUAAAGCCAGCCUUGCAUGCUGCAUGUAAAUACAUCUGUUGUGUUAAAAGUUGUCUCUAUUUCAGUAUUUGCUUUCUAAAUACUAAAGGGAGAUUCACAUGCAAUAUAAGAUGUUUAAUAAUUCGGUUGUACGAGGGGCCAUUGCUGUCAAGCUCCUCUUAAUGUUGUUGGGAUUUCUGCACCUAGUUCCAUACAUAUUUCAUUGAGAAUGAUCCCAGAAUGCAUCCAAUAAGUAGUGUGUGUUAAGUGACUUACCUUUUAAGGUGUACGUGUCAUAUCCUUGCUUUUGAGGACUGGGAGACUGUUCUUCUUAAGAUCUCUUAGCCCAGUUUUUACAAGACUUUUAAAGGGCUUAACUUGGAUGUUCCAUAGUAGCUGGAACUGGUUGUACACUGGCAGCAGUUAAUUGAUAUUUUUUCCAUAGCACUGCUGAGUAACAAGAUUUCAGAAUACUGUCAGCUGUAGCUGAAGUGAUGGCAGGAGAACUGAGCCGUGGUUACUGAGACUCGGCUUUCCGUAGUGACCUUUGUUUUAAGACAUGGAAUGUUUCUGGGUUAUACAAUUUACUGCUGUAUUCUGCAAAUGACUUUGAGGAGUUGUUGACUUCUUUAUGUCAAGAAGUUGCAUGGAAUGAUUUAAUGAGAGGUCUUUGAUAGAAUCACAGAGCUGUAGGGGUUGGAAGGGGCCUCUGGAGAUCGUCUAGUCCAACCCCCUGUUAAUGCCGGUUCCCGACAGUAGGCUGCACAGGAAAGCAUCCCGGCGGGUUCCAAGUAUCUCCAGAGAAGGAGAUGCCAGCACCUCUCUGGGCAGCCUGUUCCAGCGCUCUGUUACUUUCAAAGUAAAGAAGUUUUUCCCCCUCUACUCUGGUAGAAAGCUUAAGUGUGUUUUUGUUCCAGCUGAUAUACGAGCCUGUUUAAAAUUUACUGUAAAUACCGUACGUGUCAGAUUGAUAGAUAGCUGGGUCACUAAAGUUGUUGUUCUUCCUAUGUUACUUUGUGAAACAAGGGCAAACAAAACUUAAUUUGGAAAUGAAAUGAGGUAUCGUGUGGCAGAGAGGAUAUUACUCUUGAGGUGUUCUCUAAAACGCUCGUAUCAGAUGCUGAGUUUUAAGCAAGUUAAUUAUGCAUUAGAAAAUGGUUUUUGCACUUUGUUCUGCACCUGAAAUAAUUUGCAUAUUGCUAAGAGUCCAUUUAACAAAAUGAAGCGAAGUAGUGUGUGCUUGCAGGAUAUAAUUAAGAUCAAAGAGUACAAAAGGUACAAAGGAGAAUGCUACCUUGAAAAUAUUAAUCAUAAGUGUAAAUAAGAAGCCCUAGCAAUUUAAACUAGGUGACUAAAUUAGUCACUGAGGGUUUUUUUUUUGAGAACUUUAUUUUGUUAGAAAGUCUAGUGAAAGUCAUGGCUGAUGCUCCUGAAACAGAAAUAAGAUUUUAAAACAAGGGUGUUUAUAAUACCGUAACUAAAGAUAAUUCAGUAGCUAGCAGCUUGAAAAGUAAGAGCAAAGGCUGAAGGGGAUUUUAUAUUAAACUUAAUGCACUUAAACUUAGGCCAAAAUUUGGCCUAUACUUGACAUAUAUGAAAUCUGUACUACUAUAUAUAUAAAUAUAUAUUAAAAAUCUUGUGCAUAUUGGAAGUUAGCUUUUAAAAUUUUAUGCAUCUAUUUUUCUUGUUACCAUAUUCCCCCAAAAAAGCGAUUAUCGAUAAAAUAUAACACAGGUUUCUCCAUAUUAGGCAAGAGUAUACUCUGAUGGUAUUUUGAGACAUAAUGUGGCUGUGACCCCCAGUCUCUCCACCUUUUGGAGAGCUUUCAUUUUAAACAGAACAAAAAAGUGCUUUCAAGUGCAAGCCCUGAUUUAGGUCGAGGAUCAUGUAAUGAUUGCUGUAUAAUAGUGUACAACUGCUGUUUAGAAGUUAAUAUGUCAGAACCUUUUGGUUAUUGUUAAUGAUAUUUUUGUAUUUGUACAGUUUCUGCAGUUGUCAACUAAUAUUUAAAUCCAUAUUUACUGGUAACUGAAGUGUCUAACUUCAUCUGCCAAGAGCGUGUAAUAAACUACUGUUGGAUUCA